AGCCCAGCUGAGCCCUGUGCUCUUCUGCAGCCUUCAGCAUGGGGGCUGAAGUUACUACCCUUUUGUAAAUUGCUUAUUUCUGUGGCAUAAGGUAGUGAGAACAAAGAAAAGGACUGUCCAAGCCUAAACCACUUAAAAAAAUUAAUGGACAUAAUAACAGAGUCCUUGCAUGUCAAUUUGCUGGAAGUGCAAGAGAGAGAACACACUGAGCAACAGGGAACCACUGAAAUGGUUAAAAAGUGGGGGCCAAUCCCUACAGUGAGCCAAGAAAGAGGAGAAAUCAGAAGUUAUGAGUGUUCACUGGUUUACGAAUCUAAGGUGGAGAGGAAAACCGAGAGUAAAUUAACUGGGCAGAGUAUGAAGCUACUUAAAAUUAAUAGGUUGGAGGAGAUCAAUACACGAUACAGCCACAACAGACUGGAAAAAACAGCCUUUUUUCAGAGCAUGGAAAGAAUGGAGAGGACCAGAAGUUUUCAGGAAGAAAAAAUCAGGGAAUCGGGUCGUGGAACAGAAGAUGAAAAGGUCAUCAAAGAAAAGUCGCAUUUGAACGAGACAGGGAUAAAAGAGAAGAAGCCACCAGAUUCAACAGAGGGAGCCAUCCAGAAGAACCAGUCCUGCUCUCAAGGAGAAGUUGAUAAACUCAACAAGGAAAAUGUUGAGAGAGAAAAUUCUGUUCUGCUUCAAACAGACACUUCCAAAUUUCACAGUGGAGAGUCAGAAGAGAAAGGAGAAAAUUUGUCUUCUGAAAACAAUUAUAGGAGAAGCUCCAUUCAGAAAUCCUUUGCUACAGAAAAGCAGCAGGAAGAAGAUGCUGUUGAUGAUGCUUGUCAAAAGGUAACUGAGCAGAAGAUAGAGAGUGAGUCUCCAGCAGAUGAGGAGAGGAAGGAGGAACAUCAGGUGUCUGCAGAUGAAAGACAAGAGGAGAGGGAGAAAAAAGAGGAAAGAAAUGCUGAAAAGAAUGCAAAGGAUGUUGAGGAACCACCAGCUCCUUCCCAAACUGAAGAUGAGGCAGAACAAAGCCACGAUGAAGAAGAACCAGAGGGGAGGUGUAAAGGCUGCGAAAAAGAUAAUAGUCCUACUCCACCAGCACCAUUUGAUCACCGGAUUGUCUCAGCCAAAAGGGUGGGGAUCAGCAGUUAUUAUAAUGUCAGUGAGAAUGAAAUUCUAGGAGGAGGGCGAUUUGGCCAAGUGUACAAAUGUGAAGAGAAAGCAACAGGUCUGAAGCUAGCAGCCAAAAUUAUAAAAGCAAGAGGUCCUAAACAGAAGGAUGAAGUAAAGAAUGAAAUCAACGUUAUGAACCAACUGAAUCAUGUGAACCUCAUCCAGCUGUAUGAUGCCUUUGAAUCAAAAAAUGACAUUGUACUAGUCAUGGAGUAUGUGGAAGGAGGAGAGUUAUUUGACCGAAUUAUUGAUGAAAACUACAAUUUGACAGAGAUGGACACAAUCUUGUUCAUGAAGCACAUCUGUGAGGGGAUCCAGUACAUGCACCAAAUGUACAUUCUUCAUUUGGAUCUCAAGCCUGAGAAUAUCCUGUGUGUGAACCGAGCGGCAAAUCAAAUCAAAAUUAUUGACUUUGGAUUGGCAAGAAGGUAUAAACCCAGGGAAAAACUUCGAGUUAACUUUGGAACUCCGGAAUUUCUUGCUCCUGAAGUUGUGAACUAUGAGUGUGUUUCCUUUCCUACAGAUAUGUGGAGUGUAGGAGUCAUCGCUUAUAUGCUCCUCAGUGGAUUGUCUCCUUUUUUGGGUGAUAAUGACAAUGAGACCCUCAACAAUGUCCUGUCCUGUUGCUGGGAUUUUGAAGUGGAGGAAUUUCAAGGUAUUUCUGAUCAGGCCAAAGAUUUCAUCUCAAAGCUUCUCACCAAGGAAAAAUGUUGGAGAUUAAGUGCAACUGCUGCCUUAAAACACCCAUGGUUGUCAGACCACAAGCUCCACUGCAGACUCCAGAAGAAGGCUAAAAGUGACUUAGUGUCCCAAGCACCCCCUGCUCAGUAACCUCUGAAAGAGCUGCCAGACAGAAGAAAAGCUGCUGUGUGGUUACUGCUGCUGAGAGAUUUGAAAAUAGAGCAGUCCUGGUGCUUUACCCUCCUGCCGUGACCGAGACUCCUA